AUGGAUGGUCACAACCUGCGGAAAAACUCACAUGGGGGCGCAUUGGUGGUUGGGAAGCAGUCACAUGGUUUGAUGGUUAAGCUUGGGUUUGAGAUGCAGGUUUACGUGAAGCGUGCACAGGUGGACAUGUAUGCCGAGUGUGGUUGUAUUGGUGAUGCGAAGAUGGGUCUCAAUAUGAGCAAGUCAGAAAGAUGUUGA